AUGGAGAAGAGAAAGCUUUAUCGAGAGCUCAAUGGUGCUCGCGGGAUUGGGUCUAAUGCUAGCUUUUAUGGUGCACGCUCUUGGAUCGAGAGGUUGGAUCUGGUAGCUGAGCUAUCGGGGCACGAGGGAUGUGUCAACGCACUCUGGUACCCUCUUCCCCUUUAGAACCGCACUACGGGAUCGAUAGAGCUAAUUGAGCAAAAAGCUGGUCCCGCAGCGGCGAACUCCUAGCCUCCGGUAGCGACGACACACAGGUCAACAUCCACACCGUGUACCCAGACUUUGCGCUUAACACGCGCAUAGACACGGGCCAUACAGAAAACAUCUUUAGUGUAAAGUUCAUGCCUUACUCUUCGGACCGCACCAUACUCUCUGCCGCCGGUGACUCCCAAGUGCGCAUUUUUGACAUCGAGUACGCACCCACGAGCUCAAACUCCGCGGCAAACAAGUCGAACCGGCCCCUCCCCCCUACAUCCGCGCCGGCUGUCGGGCAGCACUUUUUCUUCGGGAGGAGGGUUGUUGCCGGCAGUGAUAUUGCCCCGUUAAAGCGGUAUUCGUACGCGGAGGAUCGGCACAAGGUCUACAGGAACCAUACCUCGCGAGUCAAGAGGAUCGUGACCGAGACGAAUCCGUAUACCUUUUUGACCUGCUCUGAGGAUGGGACCGUGAGGCAGUGGGAUCUCAGGCAGCCGAGUGAGUACUACGCUAGGCCAACUGGGAGGAGGAGGAGAAGGGAUGGUAGAGGGAGGUUACUCUAUGGCAUGACGGUGAUUGACGACGAGGAUGAGGAUGGGCUGGAUGGCAGUGGAGCGCCCCCGCUGAUCAGUUACCGCAAGUGGGGGGUUGAGUUGAAUGCUAUUUCUUGCUCGACGAGUCAGCCGUUUUAUAUCGCUCUGGGCGGUCGGAAUUUGCAUUGCUUCUUGCACGAUAGGAGGAUGUCGGGGAGGGAUUUGGCGGCUGAGAGGGGCGCUGGGAGGAGCCCGAGUUCUAGCUCUAGCUCUAGCUCCACCACUACUACGGCUAUGGAUACGGCGACCAGGUGUGUUAGGAAGUUUGUGCCCAGGCCUGGUAGUGGUGGGGAAUGGGGUGAUCCGCAUAUUACCUCUUGUAAGAUAUCGGAUGCGCAUCCGGAUAACCUACUUGUCUCGUGGAGCGGGGAUGGGAUAUACAUGUUCAACAUCAACCGGAGUCCCGAAGAACCCAGCAGCGGCAACGAGAGUAAGGGGAAGGAAGCCUGGGACCCGGACGAGCGCAGAGAUAGAGACGCAGCAGAUCCGGGGCCUAGUAGCAGUAGUCGCGGUAGGAAACGCAGCGCAGACAGGUCAAUGCCCAAGAGGCCCCGAGAGUCAGACCACGACUCUUCUUCCCCUUCCCCUUCCCCCUCCACCCGCGAGGAAGCAGAAUCCGAAGCAGAAACCGAAGACCGAGACCGGGGCCAAACCCCCAGCGCGCCCUUCCCAGAAGGCCAAUUUCUAACAAUACCUGGCCUACUUACUGCCCUCAAGGAAAAACUCACAACCCUCCAAACAUCCUCCUCCCCGGAAGCGGGAGAGGAACUCGCAAACGACCUCUUAAUUGCUGUAACGCACACCUACCGCCGCAUCCGUCGUAGGCUGCUCUCGAAGGAGCGACAUGACUUGGAAUUCCUCGCCCGCGCCACCCUUGCGGAGAGCAAUUCCGAGUUCCGCCGUCGCCGGGGGGAACGCAAUGAGCGUGCGCGCGCGCGCCGCAAGACACGGGAUUGGGUGCGUGCUGUGGGUUAUUAUGCCCACACGGUGCUACUGGACGGGCAAGUCGAUGGUGAGGACUUUGAGGAAUUGGAGUAUACACGCGAUGUCGGGUAUCGGGUUUUCAAGCUGGCUUGUGGGGUUGCCGCAGCGGGGAGGGAAGGGGGUGUAGAAGUUGCUAGGGGGGAGCAAGGGGUUAGUUUUGGGUUAGGCGAUGAUGAUGGCGAUGGCUAUGGAGGUGGGGAUGCGGGUGAAGAAGGAAUGUUGAGGGAAUACUUCACAGACCUUCUCUUAAACGCAGGUCCCCAUCCAAUCCUGGACGCCUCUGGAAAUACCUUGUAUAAUUCUGAGAGCGACCUAGUAACAUCCCUCCGAACGCUAAUGGGCUCCCCAUCGCCUCCCGCUCAAGCCUCUCACCUAAAAAUGACACUACUCCCAGCUCUCCUCCUAACACUCUGCCCUCCCAUCUCCACCCCCUCCCCCUCCCCCUCCCCCUCCAUUUCCCCCAGCCCCUCGCCCCCCCUCCACCAAACCCACCGCCAACCAAAUCCGCACGCCUCCAUCUCCCCUUCCCACCACUCAUCCCUCUACCUCGGCCACGCCAACACCCUGACAAUAAAGGACGUAACCUUCAUCGGUCAGCGAGACGAGUACGUCGUCUCGGGCUCCGACGACGGCAACUUCUUCAUCUGGGAUGCGCGCAGCGCUCAAAUAGUGAAUAUACUAGCUGGCGACGAGGAAGUCGUCAACGUUGUCGUGGGGCAUCCGCGCGUGCCGAUACUGGCGGUCGCGGGGAUUGGCUGUCGGGUCGGCAUUUUCGCUGUCGAGGGAGGGAGCACGGGGGGGAGGGGACGGAUGGAGGAUGUUUACGGGAUCGUCGCUAGAAAUGAGGGGGCUUCUGGGGCUGGCGCGCGAGAGAUUGUCGGGGAUGGAGGAGCGGUCAGGGCUGUUUGUGUGCCUUCUUAA